AUGCGUCUGAUCAAUACAGCGACGUUGCAGCUCGAAGAGUUCAUUGACCGUGAUCGCAUCCCACCAUACGCCAUUCUUUCCCACACCUGGGAAGAUGGAGAAGUGUCGUUCCAAGAAUGGGAUCACCAUGAUAUCAGGGCAAAGAAGAAGUGCUUUCUCAAAAUCGAAUCGUUCUGCCGUUUGGCCUUGCAGGACGGAUACUCCCACGCCUGGGCAGACACCAACUGCAUUGACAAGCGCAGCUCCGCCGAGUUAUCCGAAGCUAUCAAUUCCAUGUUUGCCUGGUACCGAAAAGCGGCAGUAUGCUACGUUUACAUGGCCGACGUGUUAGCUUCAAGCAGCGCUCCGGACUAUCGCGAUCGGGUUACUCAGUUCCUCAACAGCAGAUGGUUUGCUCGUGGCUGGACUUUACAGGAGCUUGUUGCUCCCCUAGACAUCAACUUCUACGACCAGGAUUGGAGUUUCAUUGGAACCAUAAUAACAUUGCUUGACACGAUUCACCAAGCAACCGGAAUUGAUAAGAGUUGUCUUCUAGGUAACGCACUCCCUUCCGACUUCAGCAUUGCGAAAAUCAUGUCUUGGGCCGCUGGCCGUGUCACAACUCGCCCCGAAGACCAAGCAUAUUGUCUCCUCGGUCUCUUCGGUGUCAAUAUGCCACUUCUAUAUGGAGAGGGCGAUAAAGCAUUUCUAAGGCUGCAGGAAGAGAUAAUCAAGAUCUCCGAUGACCAGAGCGUCUUCGUCUGCGACAUCCCG